AUGCCUGGCGCAAACGUGGCCGUCAUGCCCACACCAUCCACAGACUCUUCAUCAACUCCCCGAAAGACCUCGCUUUCACAGCCCGAGAGGAAGUACAAAUGCCAGUUCUGUAACAGGGCUUUCAGCAGGAGUGAGCACCGAAGCAGACAUGAGCGGUCUCACACCAAGGAGCGUCCUUUCAAGUGCAUGAAAUGUAGAAGUACAUUUGUGCGCCGUGACUUGCUGCUUCGCCACGACAGAACCGUGCAUGCCAAAGAUGGUGGCGUGCCUCUCCACAGCGACGGUAAACGUCGCGCGGGAACCAAGGCUCGCAACGUCAGCACCCCAUCCAAGUCGGGUCUUGCUAUCGAUACAUCGGCAUUGAGUGAGCAGAUAGAGUCCAGCACUGAGGGCGUCUUCGAUGUCGAGACUGCCGCUAUGCUCGUCGCUGACUUGCACCAUAAAGCGACAGCCGCGAUGCGCGACAAUGGCAGCCCGUACGAAUCUAGCCCGGCUAUGUCCUUCACCCCUAGCAACACUGGAAUGAUGGAUCCCGCUGUUGCCUUUCCUCAAGCGACACCCACGGGCCUCCCACAGACAGCACCCUGGGAUGCUUUCGUGUCCCAAGGUCCUGCGAAUGCCAAGGCCAACUCUGUCGCCUCCAAUGGUUCAGAUUCGCAACAGUCCUUUGCUAGCGCCUCUGCCGGUUUCAAAGCACCUCAGGUCCUGAGCGAUGACGAGCGGAAUCGUAUCUUGGACAACAUCCGCGCCAACGACCCUGACCGGGCUUUCUUGGACGGCUUCCGUGUCCCAGCCCUCGCUGCUUUGAACCGAUAUCUUGCGACAUACUUCGGGCUAUUCCACCACCACCUGCCGUUCUUGCACCCGUCGUCGUUCAGCCCAACUGAGACCUCGCCAGCUCUCCUUCUUGCUGUACUUUCCAUCGGAGCUCUCUAUGCCUUUGACCAAGACCAAGCCUACAUGCUUCACAUUGGCUCCAAAGUACUCGUCAACCAGUUCCUCCAGAACAAGGAGAACUUCAGCUCCAGGAAAUGCCCGCUGUGGACCAUGCAGAGCUCACUGCUGAACAUGAUCUUCGCCAGCUGGAGUGGUGACCCCAAGGGACUUGAAUGGGCAUGCUCCAUCAAGAGUCUGCUUGCCAACAUGGUUGCUGGCAAUCGUUACGAGCUCAAGCUUCGCCAGGAUGCUCGCGAGGGUAAGGCGCCGUCGCGCGCUGAAUGGGUCGAAGAUGAAGGCUGCCGUCGCACCUACUACGCGGUCUACAUCUUCUUCGGCUUGAUGACGCUCACCUACAACCAUACGCCUGCUAUCAGCUUCAACGAGUUCGAAGACCUUCAGCUUCCCUCAUCUGAAGCUCUUUGGAACUCGAAGGUUACAGACGAUGCAGCUUGGCAUGGCUUCUUGGAUUCUGCGCCCAGCACAACUUUCAUGGUCGCUCACGACAACCUCUUCCAGGGCGAGACUCUCAAGUACAGCGCCUUUGCCACGCGUGUCAUGAUCAAUGCGCUGUUCCUUGAAGUGUGGUACCACAAGCGGAGUCCCGAGGCAUUGCAAGAUGUCGUGACCGAGUACAAGCUCCGACUUGCUCUGGAAACGUGGGAAAAGUCUCUGGAACUCUGCGAGCCAGAAGUCGACGCAGUACCCUUGAGCUCGCCUCACAACAGCCACCAUCCUCUGAUCUUCAACGCCAAGGCCUUGUUCCGCAACGCUCGGGCGCGUCUAGAGGUCGAUCUCAAGGCUGUCCAGGAGGCUCUCCGCUACCACGACCACUACGAGGUUGCUGCUGCCAUGUCAAACGCCCGCGACCGCGUCAAACGCUCGAGUGAGAUGCUCAAGGUCAUCCAGGAGUGCUACAACUGCAUCGAGACUGCUGUUCGCCACGGUGUCCGAUGGGUUGCCCGCACGUCUCCCACCAACUGGAGCAUCGAGCACCCUCUCUGCGGCAUGGAUCUCAUGAUCACCCUCACCCUUUGGCUGUAUCGUCUGGAACACGACGAGGAAGCAGCCACUGAGGAGGAGAUGACCAUGUACCACAAGGUUCGUAUGCUGUUCGAACAGGAAUCGGAAAGUUCCUUAGGUUCACAGCAAUUGAGCUCGACAGUCGCACGCCUGUGGGGCUCGAUGCUUGACGAGGUGGUCGUUUGGGGUAUCACCCGGCUGAUGGGCGAAGCGUUCCGCCUCCACUCUCAGGCCCUUGUCGGGUAUGUGGAUGAUGUUGAGGCCUCAUCGAACGUCUCGACUCCUUCCAUGAUUUCCCAGGGUGCCGACGAGGAGAGUGUGUACUAG